AUGCAGUUCACUACCGCCUUCCUCACCACCGCCCUUUCCUUCGCGGCCAGCACCUAUGCUUGGGCCCAGGCUGGUGACGGAACCUGGGUUGCAAACAACAACUGGUACACUUUGUGGUACAACAGGGGUGAUACCCGAGUUCACGAAGCAUGCACUUGGAUGAACACAGACAACGUCCACAAUGCCGGUGACAGCUGCGCUUACUGGUCGAACAGUAAUGGAGGCAUCUUCCACGGUAAAUGCGAUUACUUUAAGAGGACCGAUGGCGGCAAGCUGUGGCCCACCAUGGACUGCCGGUAA